AUGAACCCAUACGGCAGAGCGAGCAGCGCGGCGGCCCCCCUGUCCUGCACCAGCUGCGGGGGCUGCUGCUCGCCCCCUCCCCCUUGCCUAAUCCCCCCCGGGCCCCCCUCCUCUACUUCCUCCUCGUCCUCCAUGCCCCCGAAUAUGACCCCUCCGCCGCCCAUGCUUCCCGCCCCCGUGGUGCAGGUGGAGAACGGUGGCAGCUGGAACUCCUCCGUCAUCUCCUCCUCCGGCUCCCCGGACUCCCAUCCCGGUCACCGGUGUGGGGCCAACAACCCCAACUCCUACUGGACGGCGGUGUUUGACUACGAGGCCACGGCGGACGAGGAGUUGACCCUGAGGCGCGGGGACCUGCUGGAGGUGCUUUCCAAAGACUCCAAAGUGUCCGGGGACGAGGGCUGGUGGACAGGCAAGAUCCAGGACAAGGUGGGUAUCUUCCCGAGCAACUACGUCACCAGGAGAGAUGCGGCCAACUACCAGCAGCUGACCGCGGGGGGGCUGGUGGCCGGCGGGGUGGGAGACAGCCCCUUGGAGAUUGACUUCUCCGAACUGCUCCUGGAGGAAGUCAUUGGAGCCGGAGGGUUUGGGAAAGUGUACAAAGGAGUGUGGCGCAGGGAGGAAGUCGCGGUCAAGGCUGCCAGGCAGGACCCCGACGAGGACAUCAGCGUCACGGCAGAGAGCGUGCGGCAGGAGGCCCGGCUGUUCUGGAUGCUCCGGCACCCCAACAUCAUCGCUCUGCGCGGCGUCUGCCUAGGGGAGCCCAACCUGUGUCUGGUGAUGGAGUAUGCCAGAGGGGGUGCCCUGAACCGGGCCCUGGCUGGGAAAAAGGUUCCGCCAAGAGUUUUGGUGAACUGGGCGGUCCAGGUUGCAACAGGGAUGGAGUACCUGCACAACCAGGCGUUCGUACCCAUCAUCCACAGAGACCUCAAGUCCAGCAAUAGUAAGUACCACACCGAGCGUCAUCCAACUAAUGCGAAAUGA